AUGACCACCUGUUUAUUUUUCUCCUUAGAACCAGUAGAAGAAUCUCUGCUGGAAAAAUAUGGAUUCCCUGAAGCUGGAACAGAGACCAGAUGUUAUACAAAUCAUGCACUGUCUUAUGACCAGGCAAAACGAGUGCCUAGAUGGGUGAUUGAACAUAUUUCAAAACAGAAGACACUGGGCAAUGCAGACCGAAGGCACUGUAAAUUCAGACCAGAUCCUAAUAUCCCUCUAAUAUUUAGUGCUGUCAAUGAAGACUACCUUGGGAGCGGAUGGUCACGAGGACACAUGGCACCAGCGGGAGAUAACAAGUUUUCAACAAGAGCUAUGGCCGAAACAUUUUAUCUGUCUAACAUUGUGCCUCAGAAUUAUGAGAAUAAUGCUGGAUUUUGGAACAGAAUGGAGAUGUAUUGUCGGGAAUUGACAGAGAGAUUUGAGGAUGUUUGGAUAGUUUCUGGACCUCUGACCUUGCCUCAAACAAAUGAGGAUGGAAAAAAGAGCGUUACUUAUCAGGUCAUCGGAAAGGAUGAGGUAGCUGUGCCGUCCCACCUGUACAAGGUGAUCCUUGCCAGACGGAGCAGAACCUCUACAGAGCCCUUGGUACUUGGAGCUUUUGUGGUGCCAAACAACCCCAUAGGCUUCAGUCAUCAGCUGACUGAGUUCCAAGUAAAUAUUGAAGAUCUGGAAAAAAUGUCAGGUUUAGUUUUCUUCCCCCAGGUGGACAAAACCAAAGAUGUUAAAAAUAUCUGUGAGGUGGAUACCUGUAAACUGAUCGGCUUCAAGGAAUUUACAUUGUACAUCACAGCUCGAAAAGUGCAGAGUGCCCGUACGUUGCACCGGUUGGAGAAAGCCAUGGCAGAGUUAAAGGAGGCAGGGAUUGAGCCUGAUGAAUACCUCCUGAAGCUUUACAAGAAAAAGGAAGAAGAGUUACUGCAGGAAAAACAAGUAGCAGGUAGAGAUGGGAAAGCUGGCUGAACACUUGUCCAGGAAGAUGUUUGGGUUUUGUACUUUGACAGGGGAACUGAAGGCAAACUCAAAGACGAGGGCUCUGUGAGUUAUCUUUUUUGGAAUUAUGGAAAUAAUAAAGAAACAUUUGGAAGCUGGUGGGUUUGGAAUAGCGUUCAUUCUCGUGUAACAUGAUGCACACACGUGGUUUGCUGCAAUACUUAAGUGUGGGAAAAUGACCCCUUUCUGGUAUGAAUAGAUUACUGGACUCCAGAAAAGGCUUUGUGCUAUUUUCUAAGCGAGACGUCAGGCUUGGGGUUUGUAUGGAAUCCCUUCUAGGAACAUCAUAAAAAUAGACAAUAGACACCUUGGAAGUAUAACUGGAACACGCUUAAAUGUAAUUCUGCCUGCAAAUAUCUUUCAGUCUGAUGCUGUAGAAGCAGUGGUACUUUCUGGGAUUUUUUAAAAUUAAAUUAAUUUAGAAAUAUUUAAUUUAAUAUGGUAUUAUGGACCUGUAGGACAUAAUCUGAAUCCCUAACAGCCUUUACUUACUGGUGCUAACCAAACCAGAUUGUCUCUUACCUCUCCUGACCUUGUGUACUUCAGGUACUUCAGCAUGUCAGUAGCUGUCAGCUGUUAACAUUUGCAGUGGAUUUGUUCCAUUCAUGUAUAAUUCUACAAUUAUUUUUUUUUUAAAAGCAAUAGAAGCAGAGUUUACACAGGUUGCUGCCAGUCAAGAUUGGGCCUUCAUCAGUUAAUAUAAGCUUAAUAUUUCACCUUCACCACUACACUUGGAUGAAUGUAUUUUCUUGCAUAUUAUUUAAUUUGAGAGGUGAGCACUGCUUUGUUUUUGUUUGUGGUAGUCACUCACAGACGUUUUUUCCCCAGCAUCAGUCUUUGAUCUAUAAACUUUGAGACGAAACUUCUACUUGAAAGCAGUAGAUUGACUAAAUAUGUAUUUCCAGUUCUCUUUCAGCAUCAGUUGAAGUUGCUCAGAUUUGCAUUUGCAUGGGAGAUGUAGUGAAAUUUUGUUUCAUUAGUUUUGUACUUUAUACACCUUAGACCUCAG